AUGAGGGGCCUCUUUGUCGUCGUCGAGGGGCUGGACCGGGCAGGCAAGAGCACGCAAGUCUCGAGGCUAGCGUCUGCCCUCGAUGCAAAAGCGAUCAAGUUUCCCGGUAACAUCCCAAGGGAAGAUCGCACGACGGCGAUUGGAAAGAUGAUCGACAGCUACCUGGUGCAACAGAGCGAGCUCGACGAUCGGGCGAUUCAUCUCCUCUUUUCAGCCAAUCGUUGGGAGGCCAGACAGGGCAUCGUGACCUGCCUCGAGAGCGGCAAGAACAUCGUGUGCGAUCGAUAUGCCUUUUCAGGCAUCGCCUACUCGUGUGCAAAGGGACUGAGCUACCAGUGGUGCAAAGCGCCAGACGUGGGCCUGCCGGAGCCCGACGUGACCAUCUUCCUCGACCUUUCAGUGGAGGAAGCGUCUCGACGUGGGGGCUACGGCGAGGAGCGCUACGAGAGUGUGUCGAUGCAGUCAAAGGUCCGAGAAGCAUUUGCUCAGAUUCGAAAAGACAUGCCUCAAGGCAAGUGGGUCGUCGUCGACGCGGGCAAGAGCGUCGAUGAGGUGGCAGCAGAGUGCGAGUCGGUGGUCAGGUCGCUUGCCAAGCCAUCGUCAGCGUCACUUGCGCCCCUCUUUGCCCAGCAAUGA